AAGGACUAGCACGGGCAGUGUCUUUUUCUUGCAUAUACUUGCAUCAAGUAACACUUCAUUCGGUUUCACAUUCAUCUCUUCACUUCAUUUCCUCACCUUCUUCACUCUCCGCCUCGCUCAUCUCAUUCACCAUGGCACCCAAGGAACACGGACAAAGCACAACUGAUGUUCGCAAAGGAUAUCAAUUGGAAGCUGCCCAGCUCGAGCCGUACUUGCAAAAGGCCAUUCCAGGAUUCGCUGUCCCCGUCAAGGUAUCUCAGUUCAAGCUGGGUCAAAGUAAUCCCACCUAUCUCCUGACGGACGCAAACAACACGCGCUAUGUCCUCCGCAAGAAGCCAGCCGGAGCGCUGCUGUCGUCGACGGCUCACGCAGUCGAGCGCGAGUACAGGAUUUUGAAGGCCCUGGGCGAGAAAUCAAAUGUGCCCGUGCCCAAGGUCUACACUCUCUGCGAGGAUUCUUCUGUCAUCGGAACACCUUUCUAUGUUAUGGAGUUUUUGCAGGGACGCAUUUUUUCGGAUAUCACCUUGAAGAAGCUGCCCUUUGAGGAACGUCGUCAGUGCUGGAUCUCGGCAAUCGACACGCUCGCAAAGCUGCACAAGGUCGACUAUGUGGCCGUUGGGCUUGAGGGCUAUGGAAAGUCCGCGGGAUUCUAUAGCCGCCAAAUCGCGUCUCUGAGUAAGGUCGCUGCUGCUCAGGCGGCCGUCAAGGAUACUGAGGGUGCCCUGGUCGGUCCUAUCCCUGGUAUGGAUGAGUUGGCAGCUUGGUUCAAGAAGCACGAGGUCAAGGACUCGACCUCGAUCGUGCAUGGAGACUACAAGAUGGAUAACUUGGUCUUCCAUCCAACAGAACCACGUGUCAUUGGCAUUCUCGACUGGGAACUGUCGACGAUCGGUCACCCAUUCUCGGAUCUGGCUAACCUUGUGAACCCAUACUACGUUCCUGCAAUGGAGGGCAACCCCAUGGGUGGACUCCGGGGCAUUUCCGAAAAGGAUCUGCCCAUUCCUCCAGUGAAUACACUCCUAGAGCGGUAUUGCCAGCAAACCUCGAGACCCUACCCGAUCGAGAACUGGAUGUUCUGCAUCGCCUUCUCGUUCUUCAGACUUUCGGUUAUUCUGCACGGAAUCAGGGCACGCGUGGCUCGUGGACAGGCGAGCUCGGCAGAAGCCAAGGUAUACGCCGCUUUGGUAGAGUCAGUUGCCGGACUAGCGCUCGAGAUUGCACGAGGGGACGGACAGCAGGAUACAGAUAGUGUCAAGUCUAAGCUGUAAUAGAACCGAGCUAAAUAGUGAAAUAUGAAGUACCUGGAGGGAGGCGUCAGUGAGAAAGUGGACGCGCUUGGAAAGUUCUAUAACGUGUUUACGCCAAUAAUUAAUAAAUCAUAACAACGUAC